AAGCACCUUGGGAGCAAUGCCCCGCCCUUUGUGCUCCAGGCCCGCCCCGAAGUACGUCGAUAAGAAGCGGCAGGAAAACGGGUACAAGACCGAGCCGGCCACCAGCUCGCGCAGGUUCGGCGUGCCACAUGCCAAGCGCGGCUACGAGCCGAAUUUUGCCAAGCGCGCGGUGACCGUCACGACUUCGGCCAAGAAGCAGACCACGGUGGACAAGGCGAUCGAUGGCGUGGACACCUUCCUGCAGAACGCGACGGGUCAGUUUGGCGGCCUCACCUCGAACUCGCCCAUCGCCAUGUUCACCACCCAGGAGUACGUCAACAAGCUGCGCAUCUUUUCGCAGAGCUCGAGCUCGUACAUCCCAGAGUGGGUGCCGGACAAGGACGACGUCGCCGGCUCGCUGAAGCAGCUGGGCUUCCAGCCGGGCUUCUCCGUCAUGUGCAUCAACUCGAUGGUCGGCUCGUGCCUCGUCGCCGAGAAGACCACCGUGCCGGCGUGGAAGGGCAAGCGGGUCGUCCUGUCGAUUGCAGACCUCAUCGGCGUCGUGCUCAAGAACGGCGCGGGCAUGGUGUCGGGCAACGAGUGGAAGAGCAAGAUGGUGGGGCUGCUCGACGAGGACGGCGACGGGGUCGAGUACGAGGAGCUCAAGGCCUUCGUCGAGCAGGACGACGAGCUCAAGGACGACGCCGAGGUGCGAUCGGCCACUACUUCCUGCACUGGAUCACGCACACGAUGGGCGAGGCCAAGGGCAAGGAGUGGCUCGACACGCACGUCCACUCCUUCGUCCCUCUCGCCGGGCCAAUGGCCGGCGCCGAGUCGGGCACCGAGCAGUUCCUGCAGCCCGGCAACUGCUCCGGCCUCGCCCCCGCCGUCGUCUCCUUCACCGACGGCUUCGCGAUGGUCCGCUCGUGGGGCUCCAUGCCGCUCCUCUUUGGCAACGGCUCCAACCUGAAGAGCACCGCCGCCUCGCACUACUUUUUCGCCAGGAUGGAGGGGGCGGUGCACAUCGAGAUGCUCACGGCCGAGUACGCGGGCCUGGGCGACGACGAGAUGACCAAGGUGCACAUCGAGGUCAAGGGCGUCGACACCGGCUCCCCCCUCGCCAAGUUCCUCGGCUCGGGCCUCACGGGCACGUCCGUCAAGGGCAGCUCGCCUGUGUACAACGACAUCUACCAGUUUGCGUGGGAGGAGGAGCCCGACAGCGUCGAGGGGCGCGACAUCACGCUCAAGCUGGUGGACGACAACCUCGUCUGGGACACGCCGCUGGGAGAGGCCACCUUCAAGCUGUCGACCACCUCCGGCGAGGACCCCGCCUCGGUGACCAAAUUCACGCCGGACACGGUCAUCAAGGUGUCGCCGAACGAGUGGGUGUCGCUCAAGAAUGUCACCGUCAACGAAAAGGCGACCGUCACGCUCAGGGUGCGCUUUGUGCCGGCCUCCUGCGAGCUGUCGCCCGAGUUCCAGUGCAAGGGGGAGGUGCCCGGGUGCGGCGGCGAAGCCGACGCCGUCGCCACGUGCGCGGAGAAGAGCGCGGCGCUCGAGGCGGCCGGCCUCACCACUUGGGCGCCCGCGGGCGACAACUACCUCCCAAAGACCACCGAGGAGAUGUUCAUGCUCGAGGACAUCGGGCCCGACUUCAAGAUGUGGCAGCAGUGCUACGCGGAGGACCCGAUCUUCCGCAAGAUUGCCGACAACGCCGCGCCCGCCAUCAAGCUGUGCCAGCCCAUCUACGGCAUCAACAUGAAGACGCAGAUGGGCGCCAUCUUCAAGCGCACCAACAACUGCUGGAACCAGGGCCGCCGCACGAACUUCUUCGUCUACGACAAGGAGGCGACCGUCGCGCACUCGGGCUACACGUGCAAGGACGGCCAGGUCUUCGAGAAGCCGCACGCGUGCCCCCAGUCCACGCAGUACGACGGCCGCGACUUCACGACGCUGAAGUGCUCGGGCGACAUGACCGUGCCGCUCUGGUCGCUCCGCGCGCCCGCGCAGUGGUGCCAGGACGACAUGAACGUCAACAUCAUUGAGAUCGAGGGGGGCACGCACCGCGGCGUGCUCGGCAUGCCGGCGUGCCACUACGCCGUCCUCUCGCACAUCUUCGACACGCCCACGCUGACGCUGCGCGUCAAGUCGGUCAGCGUGUCUGCGGGCGCGCUCGGCGACAACGGCGAGGCAGCCAGCGCUGUCUUUGUGCAGUUCAUCCUCGGCGACAAGAGGAAGAGCACCGCGGCGAUCGCCAUCGCCAAGGCCAACGGCGAGGACGACCCCUUCGGCGCCGAGGCCAAGGCGGGCACCGUGGACUACGACCCCGAGGUCGGGUACGCCUGCGAGAUGGCGCUGAUGCAGGCGAGCGGCGUGGGCGGGCUCGGCAAGGGCACGCCCUUCCCCGGCGCGGAGACGGCCAAGGUGCCCCUCGCGGAGCUGCUGAGCGCGGGCGUCAAGCAAGAGCCGGUCGAGGUCUCCUUUGGCGAGGGGCUGUCGCUCAAGCUCGAGGUGGCGGGCUUCAAGGAGAAGAAGGGGUGGUGCCAGUGCUGGUAAAGUUGCGCGGCAACCCACCACUUCUCUGUGGAUACCCCGUUAUUCCCUCCUUGCUCCCGCGGCGCGGCGGCGACAGCGCGUCCGCCGCUAGGCCUGCAGGUUGAGGGCUGUGUACAGCGCGAGUGGACUGAUAGAUCGUCCAGAGAGCAAGAGUGGAGAGCGAGACGGGUGAUCACGCACCCUGACAGCGCGCCGGGGCCGAGUACACCACUACUAGAUACCUCGAGAUACCAAUCGUGUGGGUCCGUUUGAUUGUGGGUAUGAGCAUGUAAUCCGAGGGGGCUACGAUCCCGGAGUUUUAAGUC